AUGGCAUUGGCUGAUGCGUUGGGAGUGACAGAUGUGUCAGAAUGGUUGGCAGCACGUGAGGCUGCUCGUGGUGAGGGGUUGAAGGGUACAUGUUCAGCUCAGUGGACGACGCAGCAGGAGAUAGCGUUUAAGUGUAGUGAUUGUGAGGCGGACGGGUCGUGUGCGGUAUGUGUUGAUUGUUACUUCCGGAGUAGUCAUGAGGGUCAUGAUUCCCGUAUGAUAUUGGCGGGUGAAGGUUGUUGUGAUUGUGGGGAUAUAUCGUCGUGGAAGGUGGAGGGAUGUUGUCCAGAACAUCCGGGUUUGACGGAGGCGGUAUAUGGCGCUGGAGUGGCAUUAGAGGAACAGAGUUUGGGAUUGAGCGAGAAGGAGGCCUUAGUGGCCUAUAUGUUGCAGUUGAAUGCGACCAUGAGUUACGCAUGGGAGAACCACUUCCUAGGCCGUUCGGAGAUCCGAUUGAUAAACAGUCAGCUGAGCGAUUUGCUUCCAUUUAUUGCUCGCAGUUUCUACGUGCGCCAGAUCGUCGACCAAGUGGUUUUGUCACCAUCGCUACUGCACGCCAUCUGUAUGGGCGACUCACUUGACUAUCUAGUGGCAGAGGCCCUGCGCCAGGUCCUACUUGCCCUUGUGCCUGUCUUCACCUUCAAACGCCGCCUUGGAGAAACUAUUCUCAAGGCCAUGGCCACCCGACCCGGGGACCAACACCACUUUGUUAAAGCAUUGUGUGACCAUUAUAGCUUCCGGGGACUCUACGUCCAGCUCUUCACCGUCAACCGGGUCUCAGACGACGCCCUCACCCAAGGCACCCUCGCACGAGUCCUUGCCAGCUUCGUUCGAGGCUGCGCCAAUGACGCUAAUAAAGCCAUUUUCUAUGGCCGUAUUCUCUCCGGCGUGCUCCGCGAUAUCUUCACCUCCGCCACUCCGCAAAUCGCCGCCGACUACCUUCUCAACAGCCCCACCUUCACCUGCUACCUCGCCUUAUACCAUGGAGUUGACCGGCAAAAAAGAAGAACCGCCCAUGUAGAGUUCGAAGAGUCACACGACAAAAUGUUCAACAUUCAAUUCCACCUCCUACAGGGACUUGGCCAUAUCUGCGACUACCAUCAACAACGCUUGGACGCCAGCCUCUAUGUACAACCGGCAUACUUCAUCACCCCAAGUCACUUGCUUCUCAUGAACCAUAACUUCAUGUACCCCGACUCACGGAACCAUGACUUACUCAACCAUUUGCACCAAUCUAUGGCGCAGAUGGAGAACACGACUGCACGGAAAAACGUGCGGGAACUGGUCAGCAGGUUCGAGACCUGUUGGUCGCAAUUGAAAACGUUGACACAACUAUCCCUCAAGAGCCACCGGCCGGGCGUAAGUUUCUUCCAACCGCUCUUUCACUUCGGCUAUGGCAUGAUGCCUAUUGACGAUUUGCUCACCGCAUGUAUGUUCACAGUGUGCAAUCUGGUACGUGGCGACCGAACCGCUCCUGACGACCCCAGUCGCAACCACUCAGGUCCUGGAGACCCGCCCAGCCCUGGUGGAGCUGUGGCUUCUUUACGGCUUUUGGUGCCGGUGCGGCUGCAGCCAGAUUGCACGGCCGCAUUGGCGGCGGUUUUGAGCAAGCCGUGGCAGGAGGCCAAGUGGAGCGGCCGUAUGGGCGAGUGUUUGGAUGAGUUUCUGGCGGUGCGAAUGGCUAUGAUCCGGGGCAUGGAGGCGAAUUGCCCCGUGUACUUCGGCUCUCCUGAAUCGCUGGAGAUCUCUAGCUCCAGCUACUUGCUGCGACAGGGCAUGCUGGAGAUUACUAACACUGUGCUCCAUACGUACGCGAUCAACUCCCACUUUUGGAGAAGGAACGGCACCAGCAUGCUGUCGCAGGCCGUGGGGUAUUCGCUCGGCUUCUGGGGACUCCGUCACGACCUGACGGCCUUGCUGCUCAUGAUGGCGAUACAUCACACACUCGACCUCCGCCAGCGCCGUGGAGCGGCGGCCUCUCGCCCGAUAGGUGGGUUCGGGCACGAGCACGCCGGCUCUUCGCCACGUAGUCAUGCGGACGUGAGCAUGGACACCCAAUCACCUGAGGAAGGCGGCAAGACUGCGGAAGGCGGCGAGGGAGGGGCACCGAAGCAGGCGUUUGCGGAGCCGGUAGGGACGUGCUUGUCACCGUUGGUGUCGUGGGCAUGCGAGGGGGCCCUGGAGACGACGAGUGAACGCGGCAAAAUGAUGGCGCGAACGGACUUCGUUCCCGAACACCCGUGUGCGUAUUUGAGUCGGUUAGUGGAGCGUAUUCAGAGUCAGUCAACGGUCGAGCGGGCAAGUGACUUGGAGCGGACAGUCAACCACGCAGCGGCUGACGGGAACCACUUCCGGUUGCUAAGUUUAUGGCAGGUAUUGGCAUCAGUUUGCGACUGGGGAGUGAAGAACGUGGAGCUCUUCGCUGCGUCUUGUUACCCAGCCAAGAGGGAGUCGCUCGCGCAUUGUCCACCCGCGGUGGCCGAGCGGCUGCUCGAAGUACAUGCCGCGGAACUCGUGUGGAGCGUCGCCGGGAACAAAAUGAAGUCGCAUUCACCCUCCUGGGAACUGCCUUACCGUAUCCCCGAGGCCCUCCUCACUGAGUACUGCAACGUUACCGGCGGCUACUAUACUCUCAGCUCGCGCGGCCACCCUUUCUUGACCCGCCCCGGCCUGCAAGGCUUUCCUUCCGAACGCGGUGAAAUCGAGAGCAAAAUCAGCGAGUUUGCCGACACCGCUGGCAUCGUCGGCGUGCCCUGGCACAUCCUCAAGCGCGAAAGCGACAGUCCCUCCCCCACCAAUCUGGAUCCCUCCCCCGCCCGGCUUGGCGGAAACGCAGGUGGAAGCCCGCGUGGAAGCUCAGACAGUCGAGGCAGUCGCAUGGCCAUCGACACGCUGCCAGGCAAGAUCCUCUUCUUCGGCGCUGUGCUGGAAGACGCAGGUCUCUACGACUUGUGUCUACUGACCCUGACGGCCCUGGCCGGUUACCAGUUUCUCACACCCGACCAGGUCAUAAACGUCAAAGGCACUCAGACCCAAGCCGAGGUGCGCGACUGGGAGAAGUCUACCUUCGAAGAAAUAUUCGCCUCUGUCUGCGUCGCCAUUGUCAACACUCUCGUGCCCAGGUGGACAGAGAUAGUGGAAAGAUCCGUGCGCCAAGAGGCGGAAACUUUGGCUGAUCCUUUGGGGGAGUCUUCGCCACAAGCUUCUGGGGACGAUGCGCGGUUGGUGUAUGCAGAGGCGAAGAGGAUUGAAGGCCAGGCGCGAGUGCUCUUGGCGAGAAUCCGAGCGUGCAAGUUACGCGUGGCGGACUCGCUCAUGUCCCGAGCGUUCAACGCCACUGUAGAACGGUUGGAGCCGCUCGUGGGCGUUCGGGAGCGACGGGAUAGCGACCCCGGUCAGGCGGUCGCACACCGGGCUGCCGAGAAAGCGCGCGUUGCGAGCCUCAAACAAGGACAGCUCUUGGAACAGUUUAAGGCUAAACAGAGCCAGUUUUGGGACAUGCUGGGCGAACUCAGCGAAAGCGACGAAGACGAGGAAGAUGAUUACGCACACGUGGAACAUCCUCUGCUGACGGCAUUACGACCCACGGUAACUAAAGAUGACAAGACACGUAUGGAACUGUAUGUGCGCGGCACUCACACUUGUGUCGUCUGUCAACAGGGACCGAAACAGGACGACAUGCUCCACAUUUUCCUCAAUGUCGAACUCUGCAACCUCCUACAAAGAAUGGUCGUCGACCCUACUACCCAUGACCUCCCCCUCUCAGGCACCUGCCUCGCCGAAUUGGACAUUCCCGCCAGGGCACCCGCGGCCACGUCUUGUGGCCACUGUGUCCACGCCAAAUGCAUAGAACUAAAGACCAGCGGUGUGAUGUGUCCGUCGUGCCGCAGCCGAAACAACUUCCUACUACCUUUGCUGCCUAUUUGGAGUCUCGGCGCCCAGGAACAAGUGGAAUUUCCGUUUUAUUGGCCUGAAGACACUUCAACGCACGAAGAUUCUUCGGCUGGUGAGGAUGCUCGGGCAUGUGAAGGCACCGCAACACGGAAAUACCUGGUUCGCUACUCCAAGGAAUCCAUGCAGUACAAGGUAGUGGAAGGCGACGUGUGGUGUUUGCGAGGCCGCGAACCGGGCGUUGUCCAUGUCCGGGAUUCGGGAGAGAUGGGGAUGGGUUCAGGGAUCAUGAUAUACCCCUUGGAAGCGGGACAAGACUUUAACAUGGACACGUUCGUAGUGGCCCAGACGCUGAGGAUUCCGAUUCGACCGCCUAAUAACGGCGACCCUCCAACUGGCAAUCGUCCCGCCCAGGCGACUGCACAACCGACAGCGAGGACUCGAAUGGACCGCAACGGUAACGGGCCACAAGGUAACCAGGUGCCAGAAAGUAAUAACGGUCCGCAAGGUAAUCCAGCGCCAGAAGGCGUGGAUCAGCCAGAAGGCCUUAAUGGGCCAGACCGCUCUAGCGGGCCAGAAGGUCGGACCGGGCCGGAAGGUCGGACCGGGCCGGAAGAUCGGACCGGGGCGGAAGGCCGGACCGGGGCGGAAGGCCGGGUCGAACCAGAAGGCACAAACCCGUCUGAAGGUGCCGGCGGGGCCCGAGAAGGCGACUCAGCCGGCCAAGCUCCACGGCCGCCCAGCAUAUGGCGCCGUCUCGCAGACAUGCUGGAAACUGAACUGGUGAGGGUUGAGGAGCGUCUCACUGCGACUCGAGAGCCGCCGGUCGACGGACCGCCGGUCGAGGGCCCUGUAGCUCCAGCCGCAGCCGCCGAGAACACGCGGUCGGACGAGACCGCGAGACCGAACGAGACGACCGGACCGGACGAAACGGAGGACCGCCCGGCGGCGCAGCCGGGUAGCUUGCGGGUCUUUGAGCGGAUGGGUGCGGGGUUGUUGCGGGUUUUGGCGGACGAGCGCUUUACGUUGUUCGGCCGCCGCGUUUUGGCCGAAGACGACUCUGUUGGAGACACGGUGAUGCUGGCGGUUUCGGAACAAGACCCGGAGGCUUCCGCUGAGGGUCCGGGCGGGCCCGAGUCCGACUCUUCUGGCCAGAACCGCGAGUCCGAGUCCUCCUCUCAGCAGAACCGCGAGUCCGAGUCUUCCUCUCAGGAGAAUCGCGACGGGGACUCCUCGGGCGAGAAUGGCUCGUCGGAGGCGGCUAGCGGUCCGGGCGUCUCGACGGAGGACGCAGGCGAGGACGCUGGCGCCGACGGGGAAGAGCGGGAGGGCCGCUGGUGGCGUAUGGUGAACGAGGAAGAGGCGGCGCCGCUUGGCUUCGAUGAGGAGGAGGACUCGCUGGAAGAGGGGCCGCCCGGUUUCGACCUACUGGCGCAGUUUGCCUCGCUGCGUCAGCAAUUUUGGGAGCUCGAUGCGCGCGCUGACCCCGAUCCCGACGCGGAGCCAAACGCCAUUCGGGAGACAGCGAUGGGCGCAGAGGCGGAGAUGGGCACAGAGGCAGGCCGGGAGGCACAGGCUGGCGCAGAGACGGAGGAAGGAGGUCCCGGGGCGGCGACGAACACGCGUGCGGCGGAGGCGCGCCCCGCCGCGGGUGCUAACGCACGCCCGGUGGACGGGCCGACCUUCGGCGAGGGUCCGGUGAUCAUGAUGCGUGUGGAUGGCGCUACGCACACGAUUACCAUCGAUGGACAGGUGCGACGACGGUCUGCAUUCCGGGACGCCUCGGCACCAGCUGACGGGGGGCUCCGUUUGGCUCAUGAGGUGAAUGCAGUGUUGCCGGUGAAGUGGGUGCAGGGUGUGGAGGGUUGGCGAUGGUUUACGGAGCGUGCGUUGGUGCCUUUGUUUUACGCCGCUUGGUUGGAGGUACUGCGUGCGGGUCGGCACUGUCCAAUCCGUGUUUUGGAUGCUCAAACGAGUGCCAAGGUGGUGUUGUAUGCGCAGCUAUUGCGUAACCUGGUGGCUACGUUGCCGCCUGCACCUUUUGUCGAGUGGUACUCGCCCCCCACUGUAUGGCGUUGGCCGGAUGCGCUCCAUAUUAACCACCAACAGACCUUUCUCCACUCUUUAGUGCGCCACUUGCAACAAGGCCGCCCCUGGACGCAGUUAUGGGCACUCGUCCGCCUGCAGGUCGUCAUGCUCACUCUUACCGUCCUCUACAACCAUUUACUGCAGCGGCUUAAACUACAGCACCUGCGACACACACAACAGGUCGAUGACGCACUGCUGACACUCGGCGCCGACCUCGAAACCUUCUUCCUCGACGGGCACAAACCCUCCCUGUGUGCCAGACAUAGGCACGUUGAAGUCGCUCUCCGACACCUCGAGUGGCAAGGCUUCCGCGAUCAAGUCACCGCCCUACGCGACCACACCGACCCCGACCACCCAGCUGUAGAUACCGACCCGCUAGGUCUACAUACCGGCCAUCUAGCUACUCGGGGUUCAGACGGCGACCACCCGGGUCCGGAUACUCUCGAUCGAAGCUUCCGAAAGACCCACAGCCAGCGCGAGGCCGACGUUCACUCUUCGGCCAAGAAGGCUCGAAGACCCUCGCUAGACUAUCCCAAACUCUGGAGCGACCUGGCGGAGGUCCUCGCCGCCGUGCAACCGCCGGCUGCACGCAAGUCCUCCGACAACACCCUCGCCCGACUCGGCCGCGCCGGACGCGACCGCCAAUCGACAGCCGGAACCGAAACGGCUCAGACCGGGGGCCCAGGGGCAGGGGACGCACCAGGAGAGGACCAGCCGACUGAAGGUCGGGCGACUGAAGGUCGGGCGACCGAGGAGGACCCGACGACCGAAGAGGACCCGACGACCGAAAGGGAGGAUUUGAUGACUGAAAGGGAUCUGAGGACUGAAAGAGACGACCCGAGGACUGAAAGGGACGACGCGAGGAUUGAAAGGGCCGACGCGAGGACUGAAAGGGGCGAACCGGGGACUGAAAGGGACCACCCGAGCACUGAAAGGGACAACCCGGUGACUGAAAGGGACGACCCGAGGAUGGAAGAGCCGGCGGAGCGACCGGAGGCGCCACUGGAGGAGCGCAUGAUGCAGCGGUUCCUCGCGGCCUUCCGGGCACGGUCGGCGGCCGUACCGCGACCGUCGCCGCGGCCUCAACCGGCGCCAGUGAGCAAGUUGGAGGGUGUGAUUCGAACGUUGAAGAUCUUGACUCCGCAGAACCCGCCAUUGGACAGGUUACCGUUAAGUGUGGCGGAACUGCUGAACAAGCAUAACAAGCAGGAAGCCGCAGUUUCCAUCCGGGAUUGCGUUACGCCGAGGUUUGGACAGGCCAUACGCGACCGUGGGAGGCGGCUCUUCUUUUGUGAACCAAACGUGAAGCCAGACGCGACCCAGGCGGAAAAGAUUGUAGUGGAGGCGGACGUAGGGAUGAGUCUGGAGACGCCGGUACUCUUGGACCAGAAGAUCGAGGAGGCGGCCGGCGCGGAUCUGUUUGAGCAUGUUGAGAGAUUGUUGGAGUCGGUGCGUGCGCACACGGGUUACGACGUGGAGGCAGACUGGGUUGAGGCGGAGGCGGCAGUGGCGGCAGUGCUGUGCGACUUUUUGACGUUCGUUUUCACGGCCUGCGCCGGGGUGCUCAAAGUGCGCGAACACAGUCGCUUGAACCAACUGAUCAACCGCCUUGCCUACCCCGCUGAGCACGCUAAGAUGCAACUCGCCCCGCUGCUCGCCUACCUCUACGGCAGCGCAGAGGGAAGCGUCUGCGCCGAAGGCAGCGCCUUCGACCUACAGGCCUUGGCACGACACCCGCAGUUCACGCAGCAACUAGACCGCGCACUGUGUCUGCUCUGGUCCGAUCCAGACCAGCCCACAGACGUGGCCGAAGGAGAGAGGAAGAAGGCCGAAGGAGAGCCGGAGGGCAGCCCGAAAAAGCUGACGGGCAUAUAUCCGUUGCCACGAAUCAAGUUAGUGAGUUCGAAGUGCGACACAGCAUUCCGGACGCCGUGGCAGCGCAUGUACAGUCUCGGGCCGGCGUUGCCUGCGACGUACCACGACGCAAUCCGGCUGUCUUUCCGACGUCUGUGUGCUGGCUGUAACAAGGCAACCGUCACCGGCGUGACGUGUUUGCUGUGCGGCGUCCACAUCUGCUCGCGACAAACUGAACUAGCGAACCACGCCUCAACCUGCUUUGGCGGCUCCACACCCUUCCUCAUGCCGCUAUUUAACCACACUCUACUCGCUAAUGUCUGGGUCCUGGGAGCCGAAAGCCAGAAGUACAAGGCCCCCUACCGCCGUGAAGACGGCGACAACCACAGCGGCCGCCAAGCCCACCUCGACCAAGAGCUCCUAGAACAACUAUACAGUCAGACGGUGCUCAGCACCGUCUACCGCUGGAUGCACCCCCACUAG